AUGACUAUUCUUGUUGAACAUUACGUCUCUGAUUCAAGAAUCGAGGAAAAGAAAAUAAGGGCUGAUGAAUUGGUGUUAGAUGGAGGUUUUGUGGUUCCAAAAUCUAAGGAAGCUGAUGGAUUCGAUGCCCCUGAUAUCAACUUUCUGGGCCACUCUUUUAGGGAUUAUGAGAGUGGUGCAAGCGAGAGACAACAAGGUGUUGAGGAAUUCUACAGGAUGCAACACAUUAACCAGACUUAUGACUUUGUGAAGAAGAUGAGAAAAGAAUAUGGUAAACUUAACAAGAUGGAAAUGAGUAUAUGGGAAUGUUGUGAGCUAUUGAACAAUGUGGUCGAUGAAAGUGAUCCUGAUCUUGAUGAACCUCAAAUCCAACACCUUCUCCAAACCGCUGAAGCUAUUCGUAGGGACUAUCCUGAUGAAGACUGGCUCCAUCUCACCGCUUUGAUCCAUGAUCUUGGAAAGGUUCUCCUUUUGCCAGAAUUCGGUGGUCUUCCUCAGUGGGCUGUCGUUGGUGAUACAUUUCCAGUUGGAUGUAACUUCGACUCGGCCAAUAUUCACCACAAGUAUUUCAUUGACAAUCCUGAUAGCAACAACACGAAGUACAACACAAAAAAUGGAGUUUACAGUGAAGGAUGUGGAUUGGACAAUGUUCACAUGUCAUGGGGUCAUGAUGACUACAUGUAUUUGGUGGCUAAGGAGAAUGGCACAACUCUUCCUCACGCUGGUCUCUUCAUUAUUCGAUACCAUUCAUUUUAUCCGUUGCACAAGGCGGGAACGUACACAUACUUGAUGAACGAUGAGGACAGAGAGGAUCUCAAGUGGCUCCAUGUAUUCAAUAAAUACGACCUAUACAGCAAGAGCAAAGUUCUUGUAGAUGUCGAACAAGUGAAGCCUUACUACGUUUCACUUAUCAACAAGUAUUUUCCGGCGAAACUAAAAUGGUGA